UAUAGCAUUCCAAAGCACCUCACCACAGAAAAAAGGUCCCAAACACAUAGUUACUACACUACCUUCCAUAUCUGGUUCUUGAAGGAGUUGAGUGCUUCAUCAUGGCUACCAUGACAGCUAGGGUUUCUUUGUUGGCCAUUGUGUGCAUGGUUCUUAGUGCAACAACCAUUCCCAAGGCAGAAGCAGUGGUGACAUGUGGGCAAGUUGUGAACAACCUGACCCCGUGCAUUUCCUAUGUGAUGUAUGGUGGAUACCCUGUUCCUGAGCAGUGCUGCAAUGGGAUCAAGAACCUCUAUGGCCUGGCUCAGACCAAACCUGAUCGCCAAGCAGUUUGCAACUGCAUCAGGAAUGCUGUUACUAACAGUGGCUUCAACUACUCUCCUCGCAAUCUCAACCUUGCAGCUAGUCUUCCCAAGCAAUGUGGUGUAAACAUUCCUUAUCAGAUCAGCCCUAGUACUAACUGUAACAGUGUGCAGUGAGGUGGGUGCAUGAUGUUUAUGUUAUACUAUGUUUGAAUAAAAAAGGCCACGUGACAUGACAUGGGAAUGGCUGGAAAUUGCUUCCUUGAGGCUUUUACUAGUUAUCUUAUGUCUGUGAUAAAGUCUGUAACUGAAGUUGGUGAAGCUGCAUGUGUAGGCACCAGUAGGAGAUAUAGAGAGUAUUAUGGGAAGGCAUAGAUGUAUGAGCUGUUAUUGUCCCAUAUAAAUGAGAAUAUAACUGAGUUAUAUGAGAUAUGAUUAAUGAUUAUGGUACCUUUUGAGUGAUA